AUGGGUGACACUGCUGUUGAUAUUUUUUUGGAGACCUUGAAACAACUUAUAAGGUACUCCAAGCUCCCAUCAAUCAUAGGCGAGAAACAUCAACUUCAAUCUCUUGAGAUGGAGAUAAAGUACCUGAGAGAGUUUCUCAAAGUUACGGAGAAGAAACGCAAUGAGCAUAUAGAAGUGAUGAAUCUGGUGAUGCGGAUCAGAGAUGUGGUAUUUGAAUCAGAGAACACCAUUGAAUUGUUUCUAGUUCAUGCUUAUUCUCUUAGUCAUCAACGGUUAAACAAUCAGGAUCAUCUUACCGGUUCGAAAAAGUUUUCUGAAUGGUUAUUAAGUCUUCGCAAACUGUUCCAUUGGUACCGUUUUCAAGAUCAUCUUUCCCUAGACCUUGAAAGUGCCGAGAUCAAGACUCUAGACCUUGAAAGUGUCAAAAAGGAGAUCAAGACCCUUACAACUAAGGUGAAGCAGAUUUACGAUGAGAAUAUGUAUGACAUUAACGGAAUUGCAGUCAAAAAGCUCAAGCACUCUUUUACCAGAUCCAGUGGAGGUUCAUCAACAGGGAGCAACAAAUCCAAAGUAGUAGAAGAGAAGGUGGUUGUCGGUUUCAAGGAGGAGGUAGACACAAUAAUGGAAAUGCUUUGCGACAAUGGAGAGGGUGGACAGCUAGAGAUUAUAUCAAUUGUUGGUGCUGGUGGAGGCGGCAAAACCACUUUGGCCAAAGAAGUGUAUGAUAAUCCUUUGACGUCGCAUACCUUUGAAAUUCGUGCAUGGGUCGAUGUUUCUCAAAAUUAUGACAAGACUAUGAAGAGGGAUUUGUUGAUUCGUAUAUUUUUGGAAUUAGUUUCCCCCCAAAAACGUGAAGAUAGUGAGGAUAAGUUAGGAGAAGAGAUACACAAAUGCUUGAAGGGUAGGAAAUAUCUCAUUGUCAUGGAUGACAUAUGGGGCAUUGAAGCCUGGAAUGAUGUCCAAAGAUCAUUCCCUAAGGAACGCAAGGGGAGUAAAGUGUUGUUCACUAGCCGACAACUCAUACAACAAGAUAGCGUCCGAUGCGUCCCUCAUUAUUUGGCUCCCUUACCAAAAAGUUGCAGUUGGGAGUUGUUCCAAAAGAAGGUAUUUGGGACGAAAUGCUGCCCACUGGAGUUGGUGGGCAUCGGUGAGCAAAUUGCUGAAAAAUGUCAAGGACUACCACUUGGGAUUGUUGCAAUAGCUGGCAUUCUGGCAACGGAAGACAAGACAAUUGACGUGUGGGAGGAAGUUGCCAAACAUUUAAGUUCGAUCAUUGCCAAAAAGCAGGAGGGCUGCAUGGAGAUACUAGAACUUAGUUACAAUCACUUGCCUCUUCAUUUAAAAGCAUGUUUUCUUUAUAUUGGAGCACACCCGGAAGAUUAUGAAAUCUCCAUACGCGAGUUGAUAUGGUUAUGGAUCGCGGAGGGAUUUAUUCAUCAAAGUGAGGGGGGGAAAAGCUUGGAGGAUGUAGCAGAAGAUUACUUAAUCAGUCUUAUUGACAGAAGUCUCGUAAUGGUAGCUAGGAAAAGUAAACUCUACGAAAGAAUUAAAACAUGCCGUAUCCAUGAUCUUUUGCGUGAAUUAUGCUUGAAAAAAGCAGAGGAAGAUAAUUUCUUUGUGAAAAUUUGCGAGGGAGAUUCUUUUCCACCUUCUACUACAAAUAAGCACCGUCGCCUCUUCAUUGACUGUAAGUGGAUUCCUAACUUUCUCCCAAGGUCUCAUGCUCUUCGAUCUUUUCUGCACCGCCAACCAUACAUCGAAUGUGAACUGUUUGAAAAGUUAUACCCCCAAUGUGAACCGUUCGUACAUAAUCUAUCAGUCAUUGUUAAAGACUUCGAACUUCUUAGGGUGUUGCAUUUAAUCUCCCAAAAAAGCCUAGGGAAAAUAGGAAUAGGAGAUUUGGUUCAUUUGAGAUACUUAGCACUUACGUUACAAGAAACAGAACUUCGCCAUGCACCAAUUCCUUUUCUCUACCUCUCGAACCUAGAAACCCUUUACGUCCAAGUUGCGAUUACGUUCGACAAUUUAUCGGCUCUUGAAUUGUUCACUCAUGUUAAGAUUUCAUUGCCUCGCGAUAUAGUUAAGAUGGUUAAGUUGAGGCAUCUAUGUAGUAAAUGCGCGAUAUUUGAAUAUCAUCAUGUUUUUGAUGAUGAAGACGAGGGGAAUAUGUUGGAUAGCUUACGGACCUUGCACCGAAUGUGUAUGUGUGCGCAUUGCCUACGUUUCUUGGAAAGGACUCCCAAUCUUAGGAAGCUUGGACUUAUUUCAAAUCUGGCUAUUAAUGUGGAUGAUGUUUUGAUGCUCCCCGACCUACAAUUCUUAAAAUGCCUUGAGACACUCUUUGUCAGUGGGUGGAUGCAAGAAAUUGGAGUCUACCGGUACAACAUGGAAACAGCAGGAACAAAUCUCAGGUUCACAAGAAUUCUACCGGUAGAGGAAAAAUUUGUACCGGUAGGUGUUGAGAAAAUUUCCGAGAUUCUACCGGUAGGGAUCAAGUCCUACCGGUACAAAAACUGA